AUAAUGUAGUGUAUAAUUUUCAUGAAAGGGUACUUAAAAUUUUUAUGUGAUGCUGUAAAGUGAACACUUUUUUUACUUCAUAAGAACACUUUCCUCCGACAUGCUUCAAGAUCUGCAACAGUCAUUAGAAGCGAUUGGUAGAAAACUGAAAGUUGUUCCUUCCUUCAGAACAUAAGUGACGCAAUAACACGCUUUGGGGGUCAUUAUCAUUCACAUCAAAAUGUGUUUACCUUAGUGAGUGCUUUUAGCACCUUGCUUAGCAUGUCUCGUGUUCAAGGAAAGAUCCCCGUUGAUGACCAUCACGUGGCUAAUAACCUGAUAAAAAUUCAACGGAACGAAAACGAAACGGUGCCUCCGGUAAUUUUCUCUCUUGCUAUGAAAUCACAAAUUGAACAAUAAGUUUGCUUUGCUAUAUUUGCGCAAUCAUCUAUAUUUUAUAAAAUAUCAAGUGAAAAAGACCAAAUACAAAACGUGAAAUGCUCAACUAGCUAAAUCCUUCAAUAAGCACAAGACAAUGGCACACUCGCCAAUAAUGCUUUUGAGUCUUUUAUUUGCGCGCUAUGCUUUUGGUUUGGAUAUCAUCAGCAUAGAAAAACAGAAAGACUUGAUGACCGAAUAUCAUGCACCGAUGUCUCCAACCGAUCAUAUCAUGCUGAACAUGUGGAAGCCCAUUGGAGCCAAGCUGCAUGAAGGUGACCUGCUUCUAUCCCCGGAUCAGAAGAAGCGCUAUUCAAUGAAGCCAGACAAGUCAUCCAGCGCACCGCUGAUUCCCAAAAAGUGGCCGGGCAACACGAUCAAGUACCACAUCAAGGACCCGGGGCCCAGUCCCGAUGUGGUCGAGCACGCCAUGUCCCGCUGGUCGGGCGGCACGUGCAUCAAGUUCGAGCCGGUGACGACGGGCGGCCAGCUGGAGAUCAAGUACGGCGAGGGCUGCUACACCCAGCUGGGCUACGUGGACGGCAGCCAGGAGCUGGUGCUGUCGCCCGACUGUGAGAGCGAGCCGGUGCUGGUGCACCUGCUGGGCCACGUGCUCGGCCUGCCGCACACCCACUCGCGCUCCGACCGGGACGAACACCUGCUGGUACGCGCGCACAACGGCCUGGUCGAGGACUUCCAGUACCUCAACAGUAAGGACUACGGCGACUGCCCGUUCAACUACCAGUCCAUCAUGAUGUACGACACGUACGGGCUCUCGCGCAGUGGCGAGGCCGUCUUCCUCGCCGCACUCGACUCCAAGAGCGGCGUGAUGGCUUCGAGCAGCAUCGGCAUGCAGGAUGCUUUCAUCCCGGAUGCCGACCUGGGCUUCGCUAACCAAGUACUCGGCUGCCCGAAAACAGACAAAUCGUGCAAAAAGCUGGAACCGAUCGAGCCGUGGCCGUGCGACGUGGACAUCAAGACCGACGACAGGCGCUACCAGAAGAUGGUGCUCGACUUUGAGAACAUGGACCGCAGCGCGCCCAACAAUUGCGUGUGGCGGGUCGAGUACACAGGCAGGGAGAAAUGCACGAGGGUCGGCAUGUACAUCCUGUUCGAGCCGGUGCCCGACCGCGAGCGGAUGCUGUUUCUGUUCUCGAGCGGCUGCCGCUACUUCCAGGUGGAGGUGUUUGACCCUGUGUUCCAGGCCAGUCAGUUCUACUGUGGCAGUGAGUUUGUGCGAAAGGCCGGCCGCACGUUCAUGACCGGCGGCGUACACCCGGAGCGUGGCGUUAGCAACGCUCUGUACGCGUUUGCCAGGUUCCGAGCCACCACGGGCCCCGUCACCUGGAAGUACAAGACGACUGCCGGCGACCUGGGCACCACUGGACGCGUGUACGCCUUCACUGUGGAGGAUAAGUACUGUUCGGACAUGAUAUCACCCGUGGCACCCUGCUUCUAACCGACCGUCUGGAUGGGUUAGAGAAAGCAGAGGAUAGGGAGGCUGGAUGGGCCGACAGGUGCUACGACAUUGAAGCGAAAUCAAUGGCGGCAUAACGUGUGUCUUUUUUAUAUUGAAAUAAAACUCAAAUCUGCGUAAAA